UUUCAGCAGGGCCCUCAUAUGUGUGAUUUUCUUUUGUUUACUGUGUGUUCUGCAUCUCUCAGUUUUGUAUGAUUGUUACAUAUGUUAUGUUAUCAUAUAAUCCUGUGUGCUUGUCAGUUAUAUGCUUCAUAAUAUCUCUAAUGUUGGAGUAGGACUGAUGUUACUCUCUCCAGUACAGCAGGUGGCGGUGUGCAGCUUUCCUCUGCUCUCUGACUCAACACACGGGCAGAAGAAGAAGUGGUGUGUGUCGUGUUUACAGUCCGCCUCGCGUCCGUUUACACUGCUUCAUUUAAAGUCCCGCAUGUAUCCUCCUGCAUGUCGUGUGAUUGAAUGUAACCCCCGCAUGUCCCUGUCUGCUCUGUUCAGAGUGUUUGUGCGGGUGUAUUACUAAACUCCUGAUGUGACGCAGUUGAGAUUAAAUCUGUGAUCUGGAGUCGCUGUUCAGUAAAUCAAAGUUCUCCAAUAUAUUUCCUAUGAUGAUGUCUGCUGAAUCCCGCAUUUAAAACACGCUUUACAGCACCGCUCGACGCGGAUCGCUUGAUUUUAGUGUCUGCGCGUUCACAGUCGCGUGCAUAAGCGGCCAAGGGCGUUCCCGAGUGAAUAUUUCGCGGAACAGCGCCCCCCGGUCACAGUUUUUGGCACAACACCGCCCUUCAGAAACGAAAGUGAAAGUAGUUGUUGUGUUGCAGUUUUAAACAACCAGAAUUCAUCAUCUACUAACAGAGAACAGCUUUAAAUCUUUGAUGUCUUGACAAAACCUUUUCUUCUAGAGUUUCUGCUGGAGAUCAAACUCUUCAGGUCCAUCAUGGAGGACACACACACCCCCGAAGAGCAGGAUUUGUUAGCAGGAUGCAGUUCAGUUCAUAAGAAGAGAGCAGAAGCAGAGCCCAGCUGUGUGUCUAUGAAGAGUGAUGCGUCCAUGGAUCACCCAGUAAAUCUUAAGAGUGAAAACACAGGACCUGCUGUCAGCUCAGUUCAUCAGAAGAGAGCAGAAGCAGAGCCCAGCUGUGUGUCUAUGAAGAGUGACGUGUCUAUGGAUCCACCAUUAACAUUUAAGAAUGAAAACACACGACCUGCUGUCAGUGUGGAUGGAGAUGAUCAGACUGGAGACCUGCAGCAGGAUUCACUCCAACCAGAACAUGAUGAACUUCAGAGAGUCAAAGAGCAGCACAAAACCAGCAUGAAGAACAAGUAUGAGAGAUUAUUUGAGGGAAUCAACCAUGGAGAGACUCAAACCCUCCUGAACAGGAUCUACACACAGCUCUACAUCAUAGAAGGAGAGAGUGAAGGAGUGAAUGAAGAACAUGAGGUUUUACAGAUGGAGAAAAGAGCCAGAACAAAACCCUCACAACACACUCCAGUCUACUGCAAUGACAUCUUUAAAGCCUCAGCUGGAGCAGGACAUGAGGAGAAGAUCAAGAAGGAGAAAGCCCAGAUCAAGACUGUUCUCACUAAAGGCAUCGCUGGAAUCGGGAAAACCGUCUCUGUGCAGAAGUUCAUUCUGGACUGGGCCGAGGGAAAAGACCAUCAGGAUGUAGAUUUCAUGUUUGUGCUUUCAUUUCGAGAGCUGAACUUGAUCAGAGAUCAUCAGUACAGUCUUCACAGACUUCUGCUGGACUUUCAUCCUGAACUUGAAGAUCUGGAGCCCAAGAUUUAUGAGCAGUGUAGAGUUGUGUUCAUCUUUGAUGGUCUGGAUGAAAGCAGAAUCACACUCAACUUUUCAGAUGAGGAGAAAGUUUGUGCUGUGACUGAAUCUUCAUCAGUGGCUGUGUUGAUGCGGAGCCUCCUGAAAGGAGAUCUGCUUCCCUCUGCUCUCAUCUGGAUCACCUCCAGACCACCAGCAGCCCAUCAGAUCCCCUCCAGAUACAUCAAGCGUCUGACAGAAAUUCAGGGAUUCACUGAGCCUCAGAAGGAGGAAUAUUUCAGGAAGAGAAUCAGCGACGAGCAUCAAGCCAGCAGAAUCAUCUCCCACAUCAGAAGAGCAAGAAGCCUCCAGAUCAUGUGCCACAUACCCGUCUUCUGCUGGAUCUCCUCCACUGUGCUUCAGAAGCUCCUGGAAGAAGAUGUGAGUGCAGAAAUCCCUCAAACUCUGACUGAGAUGUACAUCCACUUCCUGCUGAUUCAGAUCAACACAAGGAAGCAGAAGUAUGAAGAGAGAGAUCCAGAGAAACUCCUGCAGUCCAACAGAGGAGUAAUCCUCAAACUUGCUGAAGUGGCUUUCAGACAGCUGAUGGAGGGCAAUGUGAUGUUCUAUGAGGAGGACCUGAUUGAGAGCGGCAUAGACGUCACUGACGCCUCAGUGUAUUCUGGGAUCUGCACUGAGAUCUUCAAGGAGGAAUCUGUAAUUCAUCAGAGGAAAGUCUACAGCUUCAUCCAUCUCAGCUUUCAGGAGUUUCUGGCUGCUUUCUUUGUGCUUUACUGCCAUUUAACAGAGAACAGAGAACCGCUGAGGGUGAUUUAUGAGAGAGAAUAUUCAUAUGAUCAAUAUCUACAGUCCAGCUCUGAGAAGUCUCUGUAUGAUUUGCUCAGUUCAGCAGUAGAUAAAGCUGUCAGGAGUAGUAAUGGUCGUCUGGAUCUGUUCCUGCGGUUCCUGCUGGGCAUCUCACUGGAGUCCAAUCAGAGACUCUUCCAGAAUCUGCUGACACACACAGAGAAGAGCUCAGAGAGCAUCAGGAGAAUCACACAGGACAUUAAAGAUGGGAUUAAGACAGAUGAUGAUCUCUCAGCUGAAAGAUCCAUCAAUCUGUUCCUCUGUCUGCUGGAGGUGAAAGAUCAGACUCUGGCCAGAGAGAUUCAGGAGUUUGUGAAAUCAGACAAACACUCAGUGAAGUAUCUCUCUCCUGCUCAUUGCUCAACAAUCUCCUACAUGAUUGAGAUGUCAGAGGAGCUGCUGUAUGAGUUAGACUUUAAUAAAUUCAACACAUCAGAUGAGGGAAGACGGAGACUGACAGCAGCUGUGAGAAACUGCAGAAGAGCUCUGUGA